UCAUCCCACAUGGAAGAGAUCAUCUCUCUCCACAGAUUCUUCUUCUUCAGAUAAAAACACCCCCAUUCAUUUAUUUAAUCUCUUUCUCUCUCCUCUUUUUCCUUUUGUUUAAUUAAACCCAAUCACCUGCUCUGCACCACAUGGCUAGACUAGAGACAGAUUACUCUGUAUUUCCAUAUUCUCUGAUUUAACAAUCUCCCUCCAUUCCUUCAUUUUUCUGUCUCUUGGUUGUCAUUUCUUUUUGUGUUCUGCGCAAAUCAAACCCCAAACAUUUCUUCUUGGAUCUGCAGUUAUUCUUCCUUUUACAUUUAAUUCAAUUCAAUUUUUGUUCUGGGUUUUAAUGGUUCUUCACUAAACGAGACAUAAGUCAAAUCUCGGGGUGUUUUAUUAGAUACCCAGUUGAGUAAAUUGGUUUCGCUCAUCUGGGUAUCUCUUGUUCUGCUGUAAUGUGUACUGGGUACUGAAGAAUUAGGUAAAAAGACCCAGAAAUUUGGUACUAAAUAAGCCUGCAUUUUUGUCAAUUUUCACUAAUUGGUAGGUGGAGAAAGUGUUCUUGGAGUUACUGCGUUCCAGCUUGCUUGAUUUUGAAGUGAUAGCAACUCAUUUGUGCUGAUUUUGCUAUUUUGGGUAGUUCAGUAUUUGGAUUUUGAAGGUGGGUAAUGAAAGGAAGUUUUCUAGGGUUUUAAUUUUGGUGGUUGGAGGUUGAGAUUAUGGUGAUUGUACUGAUUUAUAUCUCAAAUUGAGAGUGGUUAAUUUGGUUAAUCAAGACAUUUACCAAGCUUAAUUACCGUGGCAGUGUGGAGUAGCUUGUCCCCACUCCCAAAUUUUGAAGUCCUGACAGUACUGUAAUUCAGAUUUGAGGAGGGGUGGGGUUUUGGAUUUUGCUGAAUUUGGAGGAAUAUGGCAUAAACAUUAUCUGGGUUUGGUAAAGGUGUUUGGACUUUGUGUUUGAUUUUGGAGAAGUGGUAGUAGUAUUUGUUUCUAUUUGGGGCUACCAUGGCUGCAAAGCUGUUGCAUUCAUUGGCAGAUGACAAUCCAGAUUUGCACAAGCAAAUUGGAUGUAUGACUGGAAUUUUCCAAAUCUUUGACCGCCAGCAACUCCUCUCCGGGAGGCGGCCGAACACCCGGAGACUCCUUCCUCCUCCCCAAGGUAAUUCCAAGUUUGGCAAUGGAGAACUGGAUGCUGAUUCCAGUAAUGCCUACAAUCGUGAAACGCUGGAAAGGAAUUCAAAUAAAAAUGUAAAUGAAAAACAACGGGCAUCCACCGAAUCAUCAAGAGCCUCCUUUUCCUCUUCUUCACGUUCUUCAUCAUUUUCCUCCCUUGAUUGUGGCAGAACAGGACAACCAGAGCCGUCUUCCACAGAUAGAAUUAUAUUUCCUGACACUCCUUCAAGAGACCCUGUCAUAAGCCAGACAAGUGCUAGUCCCAAGAUGGGAAGACUUUCUGUUGACAUUCGAGAUGUGGUUAAGGAUUCAAUGUACAGAGACUCUCGAGGUCUAUCAGUCCACACCACUGCUAAGGAGGAUGGAUCAGGCCACAUUUUGAAACAUAACGACUCCCCAAGACCCCAACAGUUGUCCAAGUCAAUGGAUGAAUCAUUAGGAGUUGGGAUGAAGGGUAAUAACAUGGCAGCUGAUAUCAAGGAGUCUUUAAGAGUUCUUGCUAAACUUCGCGAUUCUCAGUGGAAUUAUAAUGAAAAAGAACUUCCGAGGUUAUCGCAUGAGUCAACGGAAGGGUCUUUCUUUCCAACACCGAGGGAUGCACCGAGGUUUUCCUAUGACGGGAGAGAGAUGAAUCGCAAGAUUAAAGAUGCUCCGAGGCUUUCUUUGGACAGUAGAGAAAGCUCGGCAAGGGGAUCCAAUAAUGAAAGAGUUGAAUGUGUACUGCAGCCAUCAAAUAACCAGUCACGUCCCUCUAGUGUAGUGGCUAAACUCAUGGGCCUUGAUCUGUUACCUGAAACUAAACGUUCCAAUGAAAAUCAGUUGGGGCCAAUAAAGAUGUUAUUUGAAGACAGUGGUCCCUCUUUAGCACCUUUAAGAACACUUGAUGGAUGCAGGCCAGUUCGACUUCCUAAAUCGCCAAGGAGCACUAGAAAGGAGUCAACUUCACCAAGGUGGAAGAAUCCUGAUACAGUCAUGAAACCAAUUCCUACUUCAAAAAUUCCUAUUGAACCAGCACCGUGGAAGCAUCAAGAUGGUGGCCGAGCUUCUCCAAAGCAAGCUUCAAGGCCGAUAAAAUCCUCACCGAGUACAUCUAGCAACUCCCCUUCCGUUCUUGGUGAAAUGGAGAAACGGUUGAAAGAUAUUGAGUUCAAACAAUCUGGAAAGGACCUUAGAGCUCUAAAGCAGAUACUGGAAGCAAUGCAAGCAAAAGGUCUUUUAGAUUCCACAAAAGAUAAUCACACUUUCGACAUGGGUGACAACAGAGAGCAUGACCGUAGAACUGGUUCUGAGAUGAAUGCUGGCAUGAUGAGCUCCAAUGAUUUCCGCUCUAGUAGAGCUAUUGCUUCCAAACAAAGGGAAAAAGGCACACCAAAAGCAUUUGACUCCCCAAUUGUUAUUAUGAAGCCUGCUAAGCUUGUCCAGAAAUCUGGUAUUCCUGCUUCCUCCAUCAUCCCAAUUGAUGGCUUGUCUUCUCUUCAAAGGCCCCAGAGUAGCGAAGGUGCAUCUCACAGAAAGAAUUCAGUUGGUAGCAAAAUACCCAAAGAUCAGACUAUUAAAGAUGGUCGCAGAGAUCAGGUUGUUGUUUCUUCUGAUAAGAAAACUAAUAAUAGAAACUUAAAAGUAGCUCCAUCUUCAUCAAGGUCGCCACAGAUAGCAAAGGAUAACGCUGCAAAUUCAUCAAAAAAUUCGGGAUCAAUAAGCCCUAGAUUGCAACAGAAGAAACUGGAGUUUGACAAGAGAUCUCGUCCUCCAACCCCACCUGCUGAUUUAAACAAAUCUAGAAGACAGACUAUUAAGCAGUCAACUGAAUCUAGUUCCCCAGGCGGGAGGCGGCGAUUGACCAAAACCAGCAGUGUGCAGCAGAAUGAUGACCAAUCAAGUGAAAGAUGUAACAACUCCAGAAAUUCGUGCUGCCAAUUAAACAAUGUUUAUCUGCAAUCCAACACCAAUUUGACAAUGGAGUCAAGGAUAGAUACAGAAGGCACCAGCACCAAGCAGUCUGUGGAUGUAGCCAUCACUCAGAGCCCAUCCGGGGAUAAGCAUUGGGUCUCCGUAGAAAAGGAGGAAGAAGUGAGUUUGAGGUUGAUUGAAGAGAACACGAUGGGGAAUCUUGCUUUUGCCCCUGAACAGCCAAGUCCUGUUUCUGUGCUUGACUCUUCUGCAUACAUGGAAGGGUCUCCAUCUCCUGUCAAACAAACUUUACAUUCCCUCAAAGUUGCUGAAUCAAAUGAUGGAGGGCAAGAGUUGUGGAGUACUGUAGAUAAUAUUUCUACUAAGAGCACGGUUUUGGAGCUUCCUUCUGAGAUUAGUCGAAAGAAAUUACAGAGCAUCGACAACUUGGUUCAAAAGCUCAGAAGAUUGAAUUCAACUCAUGAUGAAGCCCAGACAGAUUACAUCGCCUCACUGUGUGAGAACACUAAUCCAGACCACAGAUACAUAUCUGAGAUACUCUUGGCUUCAGGUCUUCUACUCAGAGAGCUUAGUUCAGGCUUCACAGCCUUCCAACUCCACCCAUCUGGACAUCCUAUCAACCCAGAACUGUUUUAUGUUUUAGAGCAGACAAAAGCAAGCAGUUUGCUUGCCAAAGGAGAGAAUGUUGAUGAGGUUUCUCUCAGCAAGUCCAAGCCUGAAAAGUUUCACCGCAAACUCAUAUUUGAUGCCGUGAAUGAAAUUCUUACAGAAAAAUUAGCCAUUGAGGGCCCACCUACCGAGCCUUGGUUGAAGCCUACAAAACUUGCUAAGAAGACCCUUAAUGCUCAGAAGCUUCUGAGGGAGUUGUGUUCAGAGAUAGAAUUGCUGCAAAUUAAGAAGCAGGAUUUUAGCCCUGAGGAAGAAGAGGAUGUGUUGAAAUGCAUCUUGUGGGAGGAUGUGAUGCAUAGAUCAGAUAGUUGGACAGAUUUCCGAGGUGAAUUUUCCAAUGUAGUCCUCGAUUUGGAGCGAUCCAUUUUUAAAGAUUUGGUAGAUGAGAUCGUUAUUGGUGAGUCAGCUCGCCAUAGACGCAAGCCUAACAGGCGAUGCAGACAGCUUUUUUCCAAGUAACAACCCCUUUGCUCUCCUUACCUUUUCGAUGCUUUAGUCAUCACCAUUAAUUUUUCUUCUUUUUUUUUUUCUGUAUAAGGCACAAAAUAAGAAAGGCCAUGGAUAGGAACUAAAAUACUUGUUUUCAUUAACAUCUCAAGUUCUGCAGCGGAUUGUAUAGAGUAUCUAAUGUUGAUAAAUUGUAUUACAGAACAAAAAAUCUUCAGGAUCAGUAUCUAAUGUUGAUUACUAAAGUUAUAUUACAGCAUAAUUUAUAUUGCUUCUGUUGA